CCCCCAACCCUGCGCCCGUCCUGCGGCGGCUUGAGCGGGGACAGCCACCUCUGGGCCCCCGACCCGGCGCCCGUCCUGCGGGGACAUGAGUGGGGACAUGAGCGCGGACGGCGGCGCCGUGCGCACCGGCUGGCUGAGGAAGUCGCCGCCCGAGAAGAAGCUGCGGCACUUCGCCUGGAAGAAACGCUGGUUUAUCCUGCGGAGGGGCAACACAACCAGCGACCCGGACGUUCUAGAAUACUACAAGAACGAGCACGCCAAGAAGCCCCUGCGGGUCAUAGACUUGAACUCCUGCGAGCAGGUGGCCGCAGGUGUGACCCUGAACCUCAACAGGAAGGAGUUGCGGGGCACUUUCGUGUUUGGCGUCAAGACCAGCGAGCGCACCUUUUACCUGGUGGCCGAGACGCGGGAGGACAUGAAAAAGUGGGUUCAGAGCAUCUGCCAGGUCACUGGCUUCCAGCGGGCUGCGGACAGCAGAGCCGGCUGUAGGAAAAGGACACCUCUCCUUCCUGUGUCAUUCACAGACUCCCCAAGGAGUGCGUCCUCAGCCAGCCACGGGCCCCGCCCCGCCCGUCAGCACCCGCAGGGAGAGCCGCGGUGCGCAGCCCCGUCCACAGCUCGGCGCCCCGGCCCGGGCCCCGCGCAGCCCGCCAGCGCGCCCCGGGACUACCUGGCCCUGCACCAGAGUGCCAGCUUCCCUCAGGGCACGGGGGCCGCCUCCCUGGCGCGCAGAAGCGUGGCCGUGCAGACGCCUGCCUGGUGCGGAGGGCGCUGCGACUGCAGGGCCAGCGCGCACGUGACCCCCGGCGGCCUCCCAAAGACCGGCCGGGACCAGCGGUCAGGGCAGCAACCCGGGCCCUGCCUGCAGCUGGCCGGCGCCGGCCGGGACAGCCCGCCGGCGCCGAGGCGGGCGGAGGACGUGUGCACCCCCGGGAGGCCCAGCAGCACCCUGUGCCGGGAGCUCGGGGGCCUGCGGCUGCUCGGCGUGGGCGUCCAGCCACCCCGCUCUCGGCCCGCGCCGCGCUCAGGACGUUCUUGCUGGACAGCAGCCACCGAGCCAGGGCAGGGGCCGCCCCCGGGCACGGCACCUUCCUGCCGCGGCCAGCCGCGGACGUCCCCGAGCCUGUCCCCGCACGGCCCUGUCGGGGGACUCCGCGGGGCGAGGGUGUGCGGGCCACCUCGGGGAGGUCAGCGCUCUGCCCGGCCCUGCCAGCCUGUCCCCGCACAGCCUGUGGGGGAUCCGCAGGGUGAGGGUGUGCGGGCCGCCUUGGAGGUCAGUGCUCUGCAGGGAGGCGGACGUUCUCGGGAACCCCAGAGCACAGCUUGCUCCUGUGGUACGUGUGCGAAGUCCCCGCGUGGUGCAGUGAGUGCAGGCUGGUCUGCCGCGUCCAUGAGGGAGCCUGGCGGUGCUUUCCCGGUGGGCCGGGUUAACCAGAGUCCUCAGAAGACUCAGCCGGGGAAAGCAGCUCCGGGCCGACCGGACAGCGCCAGUUCCGAAGAGGCCUACGUGCUCGUGCACCCAGGUCCCCCCGCCUCGCUGGCCUCGGAGCGGGAAGGUGCUGACGUCCGCGUCUCCACCAGCCCAGGGCGCCACCACUCUGCCCUGCAUGGCUCCCUGACCACCUCCCUUCCCGGGCACCGCGGCCCCAGCCAAGGGUGCGAGCUCCUGCCACCCCCUGUCGACCGCAGCCUCAAGCCUGGCCAGAAAAGUACCGUGGGAUCCGAAGAUGUGACCCUGAGGCCUGUCACCGUGGGCAAAGCAGACCCUGCACCUCUCUCCCUGAGAAGCGUCGCCGUCGUCGGUGAAUGCUCCUCCACGUCACCUGCCACCAGGUCUGGGCCCGGCUGCGCCUCCCCGAGCCACGGCCCCGUCCCCGCUCAGACCGGCGCCGGCGCAGACUCCGGAGACAGUGCAGGGAGCCCGGAGCCUGUGGGGAGCCCGGCAUCUGUGUCCCCAGCCCCCCGUGGCACCGAGAGCCCAGCCCCUGGGAAGAGCCCUGGCAGUGUCAACUACGUGGCCCUGGACUUCGAGCUGUGCAAGCCACCCCCGUCAGCUGUCCCCCCGCAUGAGGAGGUGCACUAUGUCCAGGUGGACGAGGAGAAGACACAGGCUCUGCAGAAGACCGCGCAGGACUGGGCGCGCCUGCGGCAGGCCGAGGAGCCCUCCAGGGGCGCCGAGCUGUGACUCGGCCCCAGGCCAGGGAGGGCCAGGAUGCCUCUCCUGAGCCGCCUCCCUGUCCCUCCCUCCUCCUCCCCAUUGGCCGUGAGGGUCCUCCGCCCACAGCGCCCACCUGCGCCUCACGUUGUGGCCAUGCCUCUGCCCACCCUACUAGGAGCCACUGCCCAAAGGCCCCCACCUGGUCCUGCCCCUCGGGUCUGGGCUCUGAGACAGACCCGCACCUCUGGGUCUCGCCCCCCAGUCCCAGAGACGACGAGUCAUCCCGCUGACUCGGGGCCCAGGACCGACAGGCCAAGGAUGUGGACGUCUCCAUCCCCGCUGUUUGUGGCAGGGAAAGGCAAGGCCACUGAAAGAGAAGAGUCGAGAAGGAAGGUCAGAGGUGGUCUUGGGAGGCAAAGGAAUCAGGUCCCCAGAGAACAGUGGAAGCCUGCGGGGACCCAGCUUCCAGGCCAGGGCCACAGGGGGGCGAGUGUCGGGUGGGAGAGGCGGAAGGAUAGCGGACCAGAGGAAGGAAAUGGAUGGUGGUGGCAGCCAGGAGCAGGGCUUUGGGGAUCCAGAGCCAAACUUCCCUCCAGCUGUGAGCCUGUGAAAUUAGAAAGUUAAGUACUUUAAAAAUACAGUGGUGGGACAGGCACUGGAUAAACGUUUCCAUUCCAAAAGGGAGAAAUAGGCAAGAAUAAAGGGCUAACUGGUCCUAAGUCAGUCCAAAAUCCAAGAAGGAAAACAACAUUGAGACUUAACGCUGGAGAAUCACUUUGUUUGAUGCCAUAUCCACCGUCCUGGGCGCACUGCGGUGGGGGCUGGACCCCCACGGCCGCAGACAGCUCUGCCCCUGCGGCUCCGCUGGGCUCGGUCCAUGCAGCAGCUGUCACAGGUCAAAGUCAUGGCUGCAUGCCUUCCCGGCUGCAGUUGCCCACUGACGGCCCUUCAAUCCUGGGACAGCAGAGGCUUCUCCGCUGUCCUGACUCCACUAGACAUUGCUUUAGUGGGAUUCCAUGGUGGCCUCACUCCUGUGACCUCAUGGGGCAUUGUCUUAGGAGGGGUCUAUUUGGUGGCUUCCUUGCUAGGAUAAGUGUCUGCCUGAGUCCCCAGGAUCUCAGCAACAUCCUUUGAAAUCUCGGCGGAGCUGCCAUGGCCCCACAGUUCGUACAUUCUGUGCACCUGCAGAAUUGGCACCACAGGGAUACUGCCAUGGUUUUCAUCUUGUAUCUUGAAAUGAUGGGUCCCCUUGACCUUGACUUGGGCGGCUAAGGAACUCCGGGAGCAGGUUCCAAAGUGGUGCAGGGCAGCAAACAGUGAGCUCCGCAGGAAGCUCUCUGUACACCUUGCUCGCAAUGUCCUAGCUUGCCUCAAAGACCUCAGAAAUGACUCUGAGGUCAUUCUUCCCUUGUUUCGAUGAAUAAAACCUGGCUUUCUUCCAUCUGUAUUAAGCUCCUUAGCAAACUGUAGCCUGGCCAUACCCUCAGUAUUCUCUUCUGAAUAUACUUUUUUAUUCUUUGCAUGGCAAGGCUGAGUUUUCCAAAUCAUUCCAUUCUACUUCCCUUUUAAUUAUAAAUUCUGUCUUGACUUCAUUCUCUCCUUUCAUUUUACUGUAAGCUGCCAGAAGCAGCCGUGCAGCACCUUGAACUCUUUGCUGCUUACAUAUUUCUUCUUCCAGAUAUCCUGCUGGUGCUCUCAAGUUCUGCGUUCCACAAAGUUCUAGGAAGUUAACACGAUUUUGUCAAGUUCUUUGCGGCCUUCAUUCCAGUUUCCAAUACCUUCUCCCCAAUUUCCUAAUUUCCACCUGAGACUUCGUCAUAGCAGCUUUACCUUCCAUAUUUCUACCCACAGUCUGGUCAUGACCACCCAAUCCCCAGGAGUUGAAUUCCAGACUUUAUUACAUUUUUUGUCUUCUGGGUUCUCACGGAAUCACCCCUAAUGCUCCAGUGAUGGCAAUGUAGGAUUUUCUAGUUUUCUUCUCCAAAUUCUUCCAGCCUCUACCCCUGUUUUCAGGCUGCUUCCAGAUUUUCAGAUACGUGUGAUGGCAGUGGUCCCAGUCGUGGUACUCAUUUUCUGUUUUAGUUCAUUUUUGUGCUGCUAUGACAGAAUCCCACAGAUUGGGUAAUGUAUAGUGGAAAGAAAUUCAUUUGGCUCAAGGUUCUGGAUGCUGGGAAGUUCAAGAUUGAGGAGCUGCAUCUUGUGAGGGCCUCCUUGCUGUAUCCUUCCAUAAUGGAGGGUAGAUGGGCAAAGGACUGCAGAUGAGCAAAAAUAAGCGGGGCUGACCUUGCUUUUGUAACAGAUCCACUCUCACCCUGACAGUAACAAAUGCACUCUCCCCGGGGUACUAAUCCGUUCAUGAGGGCAUAGCCAGUCCUGCCUCUCAGCACUGUUGCAUUUAGGAUUACGUUUGCAAUAUAUGCUUUCUGGGGAACAUCUAAACUACAGCAUCUGUAAUAACAUUUUGAGUUGUUGUACUGAGAAAACAC